AUGGCUGAGAAGCAGCCGCAGAAGCACGACGGGCGGGUGAAGAUCGGCCACUAUGUGCUGGGGGACACGCUGGGGGUCGGCACCUUCGGCAAAGUCAAGAUUGGCGAACACCAGCUCACAGGACACAAAGUGGCAGUCAAAAUUUUGAACAGACAAAAAAUCCGCAGUUUGGAUGUGGUUGGGAAGAUCAAACGAGAAAUCCAAAACCUAAAACUUUUCCGGCAUCCCCAUAUUAUCAAACUGUAUCAGGUCAUCAGCACACCAACAGAUUUUUUCAUGGUUAUGGAAUAUGUCUCCGGUGGGGAAUUGUUUGAUUACAUCUGUAAAAAUGGACGUGUUGAAGAGUCUGAAGCAAGGCGCCUUUUUCAACAAAUUCUGUCGGCUGUUGAUUACUGUCAUCGGCAUAUGGUGGUUCACAGAGACCUGAAACCGGAGAAUGUGCUGCUGGAUGCACACAUGAAUGCCAAGAUAGCUGAUUUUGGACUUUCCAACAUGAUGUCUGAUGGUGAAUUUCUGCGAACCAGCUGUGGCUCACCCAACUAUGCAGCACCUGAAGUUAUCUCUGGAAGGUUGUAUGCUGGUCCGGAGGUUGAUAUCUGGAGCUGUGGUGUAAUUCUGUAUGCUCUUCUCUGUGGGACACUUCCUUUUGAUGAUGAGCAUGUUCCAACACUCUUUAAAAAAAUCCGUGGAGGUGUCUUUUACAUUCCUGAAUAUCUCAACCGUUCAGUUGCUACCUUACUCAUGCAUAUGCUACAGGUUGACCCACUCAAACGAGCAACCAUUAAAGAUAUACGAGAACAUGAAUGGUUCAAACAGGAUCUGCCAAGUUACUUAUUCCCAGAGGAUCCUUCUUAUGACGCUAAUGUAAUUGAUGAUGACGCUGUGCGAGAAGUAUGUGAGAAAUUUGAGUGUCCAGAAUCUGAGGUGAUGGCCAGCUUGUAUAGUGGGGAUCCCCAAGACCAGCUUGCAGUAGCAUACCAUCUUAUUAUUGACAAUCGGAGAAUCAUGAACCAAGCCAGUGAGUUCUACCUCGCUUCCAGCCCUCCCACUGGCUCUUUUAUGGAUGACACUAUGCACAUCCCCCCAGGAGUGAAACCCCACCCGGAGCGGAUGCCUCCUCUAGUAGCAGAUAGUCCCAAAGCAAAAUGUCCUUUGGAUGCACUGAAUACCACUAAGCCAAAACCAUUGACUGUGAAAAAAGCCAAGUGGCAUUUAGGAAUACGGAGUCAAAGCAAGCCUUAUGACAUCAUGGCAGAAGUCUACCGUGCUAUGAAACAGCUGGAUUUUGAAUGGAAGGUGGUGAAUGCCUAUCAUCUGAGAGUUCGUCGGAAGAAUCCAGUAACGGGAAAUUAUGUGAAAAUGAGUUUACAGCUUUAUCAGGUUGACAAUCGCAGCUAUCUUUUGGACUUUAAGAGCAUUGAUGAUGAUGUCAUGGAGCAAAGAUCAGGCUCUUCCACACCUCAGCGCUCAUGCUCUGCAGUUCGUUUGCACAGACCAAGGCUGAGUUUUGAUUCUGCCACUGCUGAUUGCCAGUCACUCCCUGGAUCCCUUGCUGGCUCCUUGACUGGGAGCAUGCCGUCUGUCACACCACGUCUUGGAAGCCACACCAUGGAUUUCUUUGAAAUGUGUGCCAGUCUCAUCAUGGCUCUUGCUCGCUGAAAGGUAUUGUUAAGAAGCUUGAUUUCUUUGGUUAGGUUCAGGCCUUUGCAGAAUAUACGCAAAGAAAAAUUUUGAGCAUUGGUAGCAAAGGGAAGCUUGAUUCUGCAAGUAGAAAUAAUUUCUGUAGUCAGAAUGUAUUAUCUAUAUUAUGGGAAGUAUGCAAAAAUAGCUCCAUUUAUGUCAUUCUAGUGGCAGAACUUGCCAUAUUUUUGGAAUGUUUCUGUUGGAUGUUGAAUAUGGUGGAAGAGAUGGAGCAGUGGAGUGAUUGGUAGUCAAUAAGGAGGAUUGGGGCUCUCUCCAACUACUGGUAUGGUCAUGAUGAUAUUGCUUCCUACUCCCAAGUUAGAUUCUGCACAAAAUGCAGCAGUUGCCAAAAUGUUAAGAUGUGUGCUAUUGCAGAAUCCAGAAAGCCCCUGACAUUGUGGAUAUAUCAGUGCAAUAAUGCUCUUGAAGAUUUGAUUAUUCCUUCAAAAGAUUCAGAAAACUAAUUUGAUUUCAGUAAAGCCCCAUUGUUAGAAUAAGACCCAUGGCUCCAUUGGAAAUGUACUUUUUGCCUGAGGCCCUGGUAUCAAAAUAUUUGCAAGUUUAGUCCCAGGUUAUUGCUAGUUCAAAAAUCAUUGGUGGCAGGCCUGGCAGCCAGUUGUAAUAUAAUGUUUUCCUUUGUUGGAGUGCUUUUGGGAAUGGUGCAAUCUUAAGAACACUUUUCUGGGAGUAAGCGUCAUUGAAUGAAAUGGGACAUGUCCAAGUAAACCUGCUUAGGAUUGCUUGCUCUGUGUCCUGCUCACAAAUUUGUGUAAAUAUGUGACUUGUUGCAACCUAAAAGUAUCCCCUCCCCCAACCCCACUCCUGUGGGAGAAUACAUCUCAUCAGAAAAUGCCAAGGGAUCCACUCUCCAUUUCAUGAUACAUUGGAGAGCUGGAUUCCAGAUAUGCUUAUUGCUGUGGUUGACUGCACUAGGCUAGGACACUCAUUAUAAGGCAGUUUUCUCAAAGCCUUGCUGUGGUGAAAUUAGAGAAAAUAACUUUUUUUCUACUGACAGCAAGUGAGGAAUGAUGGACAGGUUAUGGAAUACCAGGCGUACAAAAAAGCCUGUUAUUCCCAAACAUUUCCCAAGUUCUACACAUGUAACAGAAUGUUGGUUACUGCUGAAGUGUUUGGUUGCCAUACCUUUCUCUUAUUCCAGUGGAAAGUUUCAAAUCUAUGAACUGAAAUGUUAAAAUGAAUGGAUGAAUACAUUCUUAUACCAAAGUAUGCCUAUAAUAAACAGCAGCAGUGCAGGUCUCGCAUGUGUGGAUGCUGUAGGAGUUACAAGAUGAUCCUUGUCACUCUUCUUUACAACACCUCCCAGGCAUAUCCUGCUUGUGUAAUGUAUGGACUGGGCAUGUGUGUGCUCUCUGUAGUGACAAUGGAGGCUCAGGCCCAGUCCCUUGCCUAGCAAUCUCAUCAAGAAAUCAGCGAUCACUUGAAUGCUUAACAAGCAUUCUCUUUCAUGGGAAGCUUAGUAGCACAGCUCAUUACGUAAACAUCCCAUGGUAACAUUUUCACAGUUUAAUUAAAGUUUUGCAUUAAGGAGUUCAUGUUCUCUCUAAAGGGAUUUUUUUUUCUAUUGGAGCCUUUCAUAACCACUCUGUACUCACAGCUAUUCAUUGGCCUGGGCUUGUUAAGCUCAGACCACCUACUAGAGCUCAUAAGACAUACUCAAAGACCACUCUUAAUCACAUUAUUAGUCCUCCAUCAAUCAUUGCAGGCCAUGCCUUAUACUGAACAUAUCUAAGUGCAAGCCUCUAGUUAAAUAAAAAACUGAUUAUUCACCCCAUGGCUGCUGAAGGUCAGAUCAAAAUUUCUGUAAUUGUCCAUUAAUGGAAGGACGGGGAGGAGAGUAUAUUGUUCCUCCAGUUCAGAAAGUAACUCAAAACCUGCACAAAGCAAAAGACUUGCAGAGAAGCCAGGGUUAUUUCAAGGGAUAUGAGGAAAGGGGGUGAUAGGGACAAUGAGAGAGACUAGGGGAAGAAUCAGGUGGGAAAGAUCUUGGUUGGUUUUACUACAGUUAAAAUUACAAUGAGUUUGUUCCUUUUUUUCUUUUUAGUUGCAUUAAUCACUCUUUUACUCACUGACACCCCCCCCCCCCCAUUCUGUCACCAUUUCUUCAUUCAGUUUUUUGCUUGCUAGCAGCUCAUAGAUCUCCUUGGAUCCACUAGAAGUAACAUGAUGAUGUAUCUUAUUAGUUUCCCCUCCUCAUUCCCAACCCCUUUCUCCCAUUGCCUUUCUUUCAGAAUUAUGAUUAUUUAUAUAUAUUUAAAUAUUUUCCCCUGUUCCUUCUCUCAGGACAGCAUGCAUGGUCACCUUUCACCCUCACCCCAUUUUCAUAAAACCUUUGUGAGGCUGGCUGAUGCCUGGCCCAAGGCCACCCAUUAAUUGCCACAGCAGAGUAUGAAUCUGAACCCGAGUCUAAUCCACUCUCUUUACAGAACAAUGGGCAGGGAUGUAUUAUGGGCACCUCAGCUUCAGUUUCUUCUCUUCCCAGAGAUCCAGAAAUAUUUGACACAGUUAACAUGAGACUGCUCUAGGAUUAAGUUUAUAUCAUGAAUAUUUUAUAACAGCAAUGUGACUACUUCUCAAAAUGUCCAUCAUAGGCAGUCAGCUGACGUGCGCUGUCAUUGGCCUCUUAGGCUGUGCUUUUUCAUGAAAUGAUAUAACAUUGAUCCUAGAGUAGUCUCUUUGACAAUUGUAAAAAUUGGGAGCUUCUUCCAUGAUAGAGGUUCCAUAGAUUUCAUUGAAAACCACACCAUCAUUCUAUCUUUCUAAAUCCAGACGUAGAAGUUCAAGGUCAUCUCUCCAACCAACCUGAAUGUCAUUUUCCAAUACAAAGGAGGUUGCACAUGGCCAAGUUGCCCUUUAGGCUGUCCAAAAUAUGUAACAAAAUGCAGUCUUGGCAGAAUCACGUGUACUUCUUGUGCAAUUCAGACUGAUGCCCUUGAGAUCUAAGGAGUUCAGUGAGCUUUGCAUUUCAAUUCAAAUAAUCUUCCUGAGACUGAGUCUCUGGCAAUUAUUUCCUCUCUGGCAGAACAGCAACCAAAUUUACCUUUCUGGUAUGAGAGCAGAUAGUACACAGAAUGGGUCAGUUUUAUUGUAGCUGGAACAUAAAUUUGACAGUACUGUUCCAGGCCAUAGGGCUUUCACAUACCUAAAGCUUAAUUGAUUGUGACCUUCACCAGUAGGGAUAGCAUAUGUUCCAUUGUUCCUUUUGUAAAUUCUCUCUGAAGGAAUCAGGUUUACUUGACUUACAUUUUCAACCACAUCAGAAUGAAAUUUUUUCUUUUACGAAAGGGCAGCUUGUAUGGAUCGUGUAAUUAUUAAGUUAAUGGUGUUGUGUUAAUAUAAUCAGCUGUUGUUUUACAGUAGGGCUUAAUUGUUACCUGACAAAAAGUGAAAGAACAGGCUGAAGUCAAGGCUAGUUGAACAGAAAUAUGGCUGAGCAGAAAACAGUCGCCAUGGGGAAACAAUUGCUGUGGUUUUAGGCAGGGCCCACUAAAUUAACAUGUUGCCAUUUUAAACUGUUCUGGCAUAGAAAAAGCAAAGCUCAUUUAUUUUCUGACCUAUUAUCAUUUUCCCUGUGUCAGAAAGAGAGACUUUUAUGUUGUAUUAAUUUCUAUUCUUCAACAUUAUGAAAAACUCCCAGAACAGAGAGGCAUGUCCCAGUUGAGGAGCAAAAAAGCAUUGUCAGGUAGUCUGCCAUGAACAUAAAUUAAAGAAAAAACAAAACCAAGCCUAGCUGCUCAGUUUGUAAAACUAUCUGGUUUGCUGUUACCAGGAAAAAAAAUGUAUGAAACACCUAAACAACAACAAGUUUCUUUGGACCAGUUGUAACUUAAAACCCUUAUCUGCAGGACAGGUCUAAAAUGUUAACUUCUCCUUUAGUUUCUAGCACUUACCUUGCCUUUUACCUCUUUUAAAGGUAAUGAACUAAUACAAAUGAAGGAAAAAAUAUUCACAAUAAUGCCUGUUAAGUGGGUAACACCGUUUAAGAGCCCUGCAGACUAAAAGGCUCUGGUAGCUUUAUUGAUACAUCCAAACAGCUGAUAACCAUAUUUAUCAGAAGUAACAACUAUCUAGCCAUCAGGUAUUUAAAUGUCUGUCAGAAUGGCUGCUACUAGGCUUAUCUCUUCCAAUGUAUCUUUUGGUGUCUUUUGAACAAACCUCUGGCUUCAGGAUUUCAUCAGAUUUUAUACAGUGGCCCUAGCACAGGUUCAGAUAGCCAUCACCUAUAUUUUGUUCCAGUGUGAGCUACUGUUUUUAUUGGCAUGCUGCAAUAGAGAGAUCAAAAAGCCCAUUUCUAGCAGCAGUCCCAAACUUGUAAAGAUUUGGGGUGGUGCAGUGAGUAGCCUGGUCGUCAUGGAAUAAAACAUUCAUUGUAGCUCAUAAUAUGAUCUCAUAGGCCUUUAACUAGUUUUCUUGCAGUGAUCCUUGUCAGUGGAAGGGGGGGAAAGUGCCAUUUUCUACUGGUGCAUCUGAAGUAAAAACCACAGUAUGGUUCAUUGAAUGUUCUAAUACAGGUUGAUAUAAUUUAAUUAACAUUUGUAGCUUAGUGACAAUUCAUAUUAUAUUGAUCUGGGGAAAAGGCUGCCUGCAUUAGAUAAGAAAAACCAAAAUUGUGCCUUCAGUUUGCAUAAGCUGCUCCAAGUAACAAAUGCAUUAAUUCCAUGACUACUGUGCCGCAUUCAGUAACCUAUACACAAAAAUUAUCUGCAUUACUUGAAGGGCUUGCUCUGUUCUUCAUUUGUUUCAAUAUUUACGCUUGCAUGGAACACACAUUUGGCUUGCACUAGACAGAUGGCUCAUGGAGUCAGGGCUACAGUUGCAUCAGGGAUACUCUCACAACAGUGCAUUCAUCCUAUAUUUUUUCAGCUAAAUUUACUUCUGCCUUCUAUUUCUUUCUUUUUCCCAGCCCUAUGCCAAACAGUGUAUGGUUGCUUUGGAGUUUUGAUUUUAUUUCUUAGCAUUUCAUCCAUAAUUCUCUCCUGUUAUCACAGUCGUAACAUAUCUGUUUAUUAAAAGAAAAAUUCAGAAUCAUGUUCAUGCUACAUGGUUGAAGCGGAGCUCACAUAGCACACCCCAUUCAUUUCACAAAAUAACAGCUCCACAGGUACUGCCCUUUGCGCUUAAAGAACUUGUGCACAGAAAAAUUCCAUAUAUACACAGCAACACUGGAUCAUAUAGUAGACUAUGACCACAGUGAGACAAACUGAGUGCUCUUAGACUUCUCUUUGGCAUUUUACAGCGGCUCCCAUGCCAGAAAAAGCAAGCUACUCUUUGUCUAAAGAGGUUCCCCACCUCUUCAGAGGUGAGAGCUGCUUUGGAUUUUUUUUAAAAAAGCUGUAUCUGUGCACACAGGCUUUAAUUUGCAUGCGUGUGACUCUUAAUUUGCAUCCCAGAACUGCAAAUAGACUUUUUCAUAAGCUGUGCUCUAACUGCAAGCUGCUGCUGCUGCUGCUGAUGAUGAUGGAAGUUGAAAGCUAACUGAAAAAAGCAGCCAUUCAGACCAGUAGUAAAUGCAGUUUUUUAUGCAUUUAGAUAGCAAUAUUUAUAUACAUGCUUAAUGGACAAGAAACCUGGUCAACAGCUAAAUUAUUUUACCCUUUUGCAAUUUUGCCACAUCUGUGUUUGAUUCUCAAAUGCUUUAAAUGUCCUACUGAAGUUGCCUUACUUGAUCAAACUUGUUUAUGUAAUGUAUUUGUCUGAAGACUCCUAAUGCUCCACUAUGAAUUUUUUCCUUCAGUAGUUGAAUAUAGUUUAUUUAUUUUCAUCUCCCAAAGCUCUGAAACAGCUACCAUAAAUAUACUAGUAUUUAUUCUUGUUGCUGAAAGCGAAUUCGCUUUGUAGUGUUUUGUAUGUAUGUAUGUUUUGUAAAUCUAGCAGUAUUUUUCUUUUGUGUGCAAAAUAAAGCUGAAAGCCACACGAUCACAUCUGUGACCUUGAAAAUUACUAUAACUUGGAUUAAUAGCAUCACUCAAAUAUGCACUGAAGAAGCUUGAGAAGACUGUAUUUCCUGUUAUUUAAUAGUGGGGCUGCAUUAUGUAAAUUACUGUGCUAGCACAUGUAGGCGAGAUAGUGUUUUGCAGACUGGUUCAUAAAAACGUUUUCAGAUUAAACUUCAAUUUUAAGUUUAUAGAAAGGCAAUACGUGACUAUUUCAAAGUAAUCACUUCUUUAUUUGCUUCAGCAGUAUUUGGAAAAGAUUAUAGUCCCCUCCUUUUAAAUUGUUUGUAUGCAUAAAAUGAAGGGUAAAUAACUGCAAACAAGAUUGUAACUUACCUCUUUGUGUUACAAAAGUUUAUUUUACACUGUAUGUGCUGCUUAUUUCAUGAAUAACAUUUGCUCUUCAACAAAAAUAAAUCUUAUAACAUUUCA